AUUUCUGUUGUUCGCUUCUCAAAGACUUUGAUUUUUUUUUUUCUUGCCCUUCUGAAUAAAUAUUCAAUUUUUCAUUCCCGAGUAUUUGUUUGUGGGGUGGGUCUCCUUUUUCUCUUUUCAGGGUCUCCUAUUAUAUGCAUAUUGAAGAAAAAAACAGCUCCAUAGCUGGAUUUCUGCUGUUCGCCUCUCACAGACUUGAUUUUCGAUUUUUCACUUUUUUUUUUUGAAUACUUGUCGGGUCUCUCGUUUCUCUUUUCUGGGUCCCUUAUUACAUGCAUAUUGAAGGAAAAAACAGCUACAUAGUUGGAUUUCUGUUGUUCGCUUCUCAAAGAAUUCACCUUUUUUUACCCGUACUGAAGAAAUAUUCGAUUUUUUCACCUUUUUUUCUUGAAUAAUUGUGGGAUUGAGGAUGGAGAGAGAUUUUCUGAGCUUGGGUUUAAAGCAAGAGACUUUUGAACAGACGACUGAUGCUGCUCCAGCAAGAAAUUCUCCAAUGCAGUGGCCAUUUUCAAAGAUGGGUGGUUCAUCUAUUUUAUCUUUCUGCGGCGUUCAAGAGGAGAGAAGGACGAUUGACAUAAAUUCUCGUGCAUCAAAUCUUUCUCCGGCCAUGAAAUGUACAGAGGCUUUCGACUCUGCACAGAAAAACAUUUUUGGUGAAAAUCAAGGUGGAGUUCGGUACACAAUGUCAACCUAUCCAGCAAUGCACCAUGACUCGUAUGCCUUGCAUCGUCCAGUCACCAAUCAAACGAGCCUGAUGAUGUCACCUGCCUCAACAACUUCUAGUUACCAGUCAGUCAUUGCUACUUCCAGGCAGAACCUGAUUAACUCGCAGCCUCUUUCAGUAACUCCAUUGACGAACACUGUGCCUUCUAACAGCCCUGUUGUGGGGACCACAGAUUUGAGGAAUGCUACGAGUUCUGGGGCUCAGUUGACCAUCUUUUACAAUGGAUCAGUGUGUGUCUAUGACAAUAUCGCUCCCGAGAAGGCUCAAGCUAUUAUGCUAUUGGCCGGUAAUGGGCCUCCGGCGACACCCAAUACAACACCGCCUCCCCCUCUUCCUCCGGUCCAAAAAUCCAUUCCAAUGCUUAAUGUUGUUGACAGAUUUGUCAUGGGCCAGCCUUACAGCCCGCCACCAAAUCGCUCAAGCCCAGCUCCUGUUAACCCAAUUAGUGUUGCAAGGCCUGUUGUUCGACCCAUUAGUGUGAACAAUGAUGCUAGUGUUGCAAGGCCUGUUGUUCGACCCAUUAGUGUGAACAAUGAUGCUAGUGUUGCGAGGCCUGUUGUUCGACCCAUUAGUGUGAACAAUGAUGCUAGUGUUGCAAGGCCCGUUGUUCGACCCAUUAGUGUCAACAAUGAUGCUACUGCUGCAAGGCCUGUUUUUCGACCCAUUAGUGUCAACAAUGAUGCCAGUGUGGCAAAGCCAUCACCUGUAACUAUAGUACCUUCUUCGCCAAAUCCCGAGCCUGUGAAAGUAGUUAAUUCACUACCAUCCAUUGCUUCAACUACCAUUUCACCAGACGCCGUGCCUCAGUUUCGCCGAAAAUCAUUGGCUCGGUUUUUGGAAAAGCGCAAAGAAAGGGUGGUUUGUGCAAGUCCUUACGGUGAGAAGCCAGAUUGCAGUAAACCUGGAGCUGGACAGCAUAAGUUGUGAACUAAAUACAAUGAUAGUUUAGUAGAAACUCUUGUUUUCUUCAUCUCUUUUUAUUUUUUUUUUUUAAACAAAAUUUCCAGUCUCUAAUGUAAAUACAUUGUAUUCUUGACUUGUAAUGCGUUGGAGCCAAAUUUUGGUUAUGCU